CGAAAAAUGCUUGGCGCCAAACCCUCCCUCAGUUUGAACAGACAGAUCCCCAAAUCCCCCGGGCAAAAUCAAUCCGCCGCUCUGGAAGACUGCGAUCCGAGCUAUGGCGGCGGCGGCGGCGGCGGUGGCGGCGACGGCGACGGCGACCUUCAUCGCUCUCCAGUGUUGCCAAUGCUCCACAAUGCAGGUGAAGCAGCAGAAGAAGAGCAGCAACAAGUGGACGUGCGUCGUCUGCAACCAGAAGCAGUCCGUGAGGAAGGUCUUCGCUCGGGCCUUCAUGGCCAAGGACGUCCGCAAGUUCGUCCAGUCCUUCAACAUGUCGCGCCUCUCCUCGGAUCUCGAAGCCCCAGAUCCACCGCUCGAAGGAAGAGGAGGAGCGGUCCACGAUAGUGCGGGCGGCAGCGAUGGGAGGAAGCUGAAGAGAAGCGACUGGAGCGAGUAUCUCGACGUCGAACAAGAAAAGCGCGACGAUGAAGAAGAGGAUGGUGGGGGGAUGAAGAUUGUGACGGAGCUUCCGAAGGAAAUUUUCAAGAAGCCCAAACUGAGGGACUCCUCUCAUCAAUCGGCUGGUUCAAAGGGCGACAAGCUCUUCACACCAUCGUUCGCCAAGAGAAGUAACCGAAAACAGACUACUUUUCCAGAUGAAGAGCCAAAGAAGAACCAAAAUGGGUUAGCUUUCUCGACUACGAAUUGGACAAAUUCCAAAAGAGAAAGUGACAUCGACCCAGUGAUUGCUCCAUCAGCUGCAGCCACGAGGAAUUCUAAAUGGAGCAAUUACAUGUCACAAGAUGAAGUUACCUUGCAGUCCCAUGUGUACGAAGAUGACGGGGAUCGAUUUGGUAAUGGUGUCUUGGAAUCUAAAGCAAAUGAUCAGGAGGUAGAGGAAGACAUUCACCCAGAUUUUAUGUGAAACUUCAUUAUGUAAGUAUGAUAAUUUCCCCGGUGUAUCCUGAUCAGUUUCUCUCGUUAAUCAACCAACCACUUCAUCGUUAACAACAAUCCCUGUAUCUUUGUUAUAUACAUUCAGAUAUCAUGUAUACCUGGCAGGAGUCCGCUAGUCUUCUGUGUGUGGAAUUUCCAUGCCUGCCUAUGAAGAAUCUUAGUUA